UUUGAAUCUUUACCGCAUUGAUCUUCUUACUUAUACCUUGGAUUUUCUUUCCCUCUUUUUGUCUUAUCGCCCACAAUGGUGUUCUCGACAAUGGACAGCUUCACCGAGCCCUACACCCGCGCUGGCGACGACAUCUCCCUUGACGACGUUCGCAAACACGUCCGUUCCCUUGAGGUCCAGCACCGCGCCAAUGGAAUCCCAUUGUCGGGCCGUAUCAUCCACGUCUGUCACGAUCUGCCCGUUGUUGCCACCUUGACCAACCGUGCGGGUGUGCUGAGCCCCCCCGCUACCCCGCCUACCAAAGCGACAGAGGUCCCUGAAAGCCCUUCCACAGAGGCACCGAAUACAACUACCUCGUUGGAGCCUGACUCAAAUGGAUCUUCUGCAUGGACGCUGGCGCCACGGUAUGGACAUGCUGCCAUGAUUUCCGGUAUUCGUUCUCUAGCAGCGACUCACGAGCAGCUCAUUGUCGGUUGGACCGGGGACAUUCACUCUCCGGUGCCAAACGAACAUAUUCCAGAAAACACCGUAUCAGAGUCCGAUAAGCGGGCGCUUGAUGAAGCCUUGAGGACAUACCAACCAAAGGAGUCAGACCCUGACGAUGACAAGAAGACGGUGUACGUGCCUGUCUGGUUGGACGACAAGGUCGCCCACGGGCACUAUGAUGGUUAUUGCAAACAGAUUCUAUGGCCAUUGUUCCAUUAUCUUCUCUGGCAAGAUGUAGCGACGGAAUACGCCUCUGCCGACUCUCACUAUCCGGCUUAUGAAGCUGCGAACGCCGCAUUUGCCCGGCGCAUAUCUGAAGUUUAUAGACCCGGCGACCUCAUAUGGGUUCACGACUACCAUCUUCUACUACUCCCUAGACUCAUUAGAGAGCUUAUCCCGGACGCCGUACUCGGUCUAUUUGUUCACACACCUUUCCCAAGCAGCGAAGUUUUCCGAUGUCUGCCGAGACGGAAGGAAAUCCUCGACGGAAUGCUGGGCGCUAACUUGGUCUGUUUCCAGACUUAUUCCUACUCCCGGCACUUUAUAUCCACUUGUAUCCGAGUUUGUGGUUACGAGACGACUCAUCGCGGCAUCGACGUUGAGGGGCAUGUUACCUCAGUGAUGCAUUGCCCUGUGGGUAUCGAUGCGGAGCGCGUUGCGAGGGACAUACAACGACCCGGUAUUCCACCGAAAUUGGAAGCUUUGCAAACGCUCUAUGAAGGUAAGAAAAUCAUCGUAGGACGCGAUAAGCUUGACGUCGUAAAAGGCGUCCUUCAAAAGCUUCGUGCAUUUGAAAAGCUUCUCCAAGAUUACCCCGAGUGGAUCGGUAACGUGGUGAUGAUUCAGGUGACUUCGCCUGCGUUGACGGACUCCCCGAAACUGGAGCGGCAGGUCAGCGAGCUGGUGGCACAUAUCAACGGGGAAUACGGCAGUCUUGAUUUUAUCCCCGUGCACCAUUACCACCAAACGCUCAAAAAGGAUGAGUUUUACGCUCUGUUGUCUGUGGCGGACCUCGCAGUUAUCACGCCUUUGCGUGACGGAAUGAAUACGACGUCGAUGGAAUUUGUCAUAGCCCAAGAAAAGACGAAACAUAGUCCGAGUGUACUCAGUGAAUUCAUGGGUAUCAGCAAACAUAUGUCCGAAGCAUUGCAGGUCAAUCCGUGGAAUCUCGGGGACGUCGCCGCCGCUAUCAAUAAAGGACUUUUGAUGGGCGACGCGGAGAAGCUUCAAAGACAUAUUAAACUUCACAAAGUCGUCACCACCCAUACUUCGCACACCUGGGCAGCCGUUCUUGUCAAGAUGAUACUCAGUCAAAUGAACUCUACCAACACUGCCAAGAUGACACCAUACAUCCCGAAGGAGAUUUUGCAAUCAAAAUACCGGACGGCGAAGAAGAGGCUGUUCCUCUUUGACUACGAUGGAACGCUCGCGCCGAUUGUCAAAAUUCCCAGUAUGGCUACUCCGUCUGAACAGACGCUUCAGGCGUUGGCGAAGCUCUGCGACGAUCCCAACAACGUAGUAUAUAUCAUCUCUGGACGUGACGGCGAGUUCCUGGAUCAACAUUUGGGCCAUUUCGGAAAGCUCGGGUUUUCUGCUGAACAUGGAGGAUUCGUACGCGAACCUGGACAUAAGGAAUGGGUGAAUUUCACACAGUCACUCGAUAUGAGUUGGAUGGCAGAAGUCCACGAGAUCUUCAGGUACUACACUGAGCGGACCACGGGCAGUCAUGUCGAAGUUAAGAAGAGUUCUAUCACAUGGCAUUACCGAUCCACCGAUCCAGAAUGGGGACAAUUCCAAUGCAGGCAAUGUCAAGAUCUUUUGGAGAACAACCUCGCCCACAAGCGACCCAUAGAAGUCCUUGUGGGCAAGAAAAACCUGGAGGUUCGGCCUAUAGCCGUCAAUAAGGGCGAAAUUGUGAAACGGAUCUUGUACUAUAAUCCUGACGCCGAAUUUAUUUUUUGCGCUGGUGAUGAUAAGACGGACGAGGACAUGUUUCGGGCCCUGAAUCUAUUCCCUUCGAGCAACGGCAGCACACCCAUCACGACUACCGUCCUAGAGGCACCUCUUUCGGUCACUUUGGUUGACGCUGAGGCCAAAAAUGCACCUCCAGUUCAACUCGCCAUCGCUCCUGACGCAAUCUUCACCACCGCCGUUGGCCACAGUAGCAAGCGCACUCUUGCUAGUUGGCACGUCACUACGCCUCAGGAAAUCGUUGAACACAUGCUUGAGAUCGUGGAAGACGAGAAUACUACCUCCAAGAGUUAUCUCUAAUUCAACGCUAUAUUUCCCUUUCCUUCAUUUUGUUUUAUAGACGUUGCCAUUAUAUUGUUGGAUGGGUUAAUAAGUUAUCGGUUGGGUUUGUUCGUCGAAAAGAUAUACGCGCCAAGAGAAAGAUAUAUAGACACGGACACUUGGAUUUCUUUGUAUACUUGUAAUAUAUGUCCAACGUCAUAGAGUAGAUUUCGAACACGGUUCCACAGCGUAGUUUUGUAUGA